CACGGGCCACUUGUGACGGCCGCUAUCCCUCUUCUCUUCUUCUCUCUAGGCUUUUUUAUAUUGCUUUUUUCUUGCUCAAAUGGAGAAUGCAGGCAAAUUGGCGCGGCAGGCGUCUGAAUUCGAAGAGCAGUGCCAGUGGAGCGAUGCAGCUCGGCUGCACCGGCAAGCAGCGCAGGCGUACCGUGCAGUCAGCGGCUAUGACUUUGAUCCUGUAGCUACACUGACGCUUUCGUCGCUUGUCAACAAGCACAUGCGAUGGGCCGAGUACUGCGAGCGUGAGAACGAGCAUCCGAGCAUUGAUACAGCCGACAGCGACCGGCAAAGCCUAGCAACCAACACACCAGCAUCGCCGGCAGGCACCGGCAGCCCGCCUGCUACAGAAUUGUCCCCCGGCGAGGAGGCGCGGCAGAGGCACGAUGCUGAGGAGCAGGACUUUGAGGACUUUUGGCAGUACAUGCAGAACUGGCUGGCCAACCCGACAGCAUUCACUAGGCCGGUCAAGCCGCCUGGGAGUCGUGGAGCGGGUAGUGGCAAUUACCAGGCUGCCGCGAGCCGCAGUGUGAUGGAGUCGUUUUAUCUUGUAGGCGCAAACCCCGACCAGACAGCAAGCGUGUAUGCAUCAGUCGCUGGCAGCCCAAAGGGGAUAUCUCCAUUGCCAGCUCUUGCCGAGGAUGACGAGGAGGCUGAGUCCCAGCCUGCCGCACACAGCGAGUCGCAAGCUGACUCUGCCCAUGUGCUUGAGGUCAACAAGGCGCUGCUUGCUGAGAACCAGAAGCUGCGCGACAUUGUAGGUGCGCUGCAAGACCGGAUAGCCCUGCUCGAGUCUGCCGCUCAGGAGAACAACAUGCUCAAGAGCAGUAUUUUGAACUUCCGCGAGGAAUUCCACAAGCACGCCAACGCAGUGUCGCUGCCUCGGAUCCACGAGCACAGCCCUAUCGCGCGCCGGAUGAUGGCUACGCACCAGAGCCCGCCAGCAGCGGAGGUGCAAAUCCGCCAGCUUGAGGCGCAACUGCAAUCCAUGCAGCUAGAAAACAGCAAACAGAAGGCGCAGAUGGAAAAGUACAGAGAGCGAUGGGAUAGAUUGAAGGAGUCGGCGAAACGAAAACGCCAGCAGCAGCUUGAACAGCAGCAGCAGCGGCGGCAAAAUUCAUAGACACAUGUAAAUGUGUUUGUAGGAUGUUGCCAAGAAACAAUUUACUGAAAGGAGGAGGCAUCUGCUGCAUGGGGUGCAAGGUUGGCUUUGUCGUAGCCACUGGCUACAUUUGGUCCCGGCCAUCCGCCUACGUUUAAAUAUGUCGGCUCAGUUACUUUUCACCAGUAACCGGUGCUAAUAAAA